CGAAGUCUGUUGGCGUUUCACUUCGAUUUGCUUGUCAUUGUGAGAAAUUUGGCGAAUUCAUUCUCACCUCCAGCAAACAAGUUUUCCUACCGAAAAGCCGAUCACAAACCCACGAUUUGCUGUUUUUAUUACCGUUUUUGCUGCUUCGUUUCUGUCCAGGUAUCAAAUAAUCCAAAAUGCCGGACCAUCUGGGAGACGAUAUGCGUAAGGUGAAAUCCGACAACAAAGAGGUUGAGCCUGAAAUAGAAGCUCUUGAUGAGGUUGAUAUCGAGCUGCUGAAGACGUAUGGCCAAGGGCAGUACCAUAAGUCGAUCAAGCAAAUCGACGAAGACAUCCAGAAGGCGAUGAAGCAGGUGAACGAACUGACGGGCAUCAAGGAAAGCGAUACCGGGCUGGCACCGCCGGCCCUGUGGGAUUUGGCGUCCGAUAAACAAAUCCUUCAGAAUGAGCAGCCGCUUCAGGUCGCUCGUUGCACAAAGAUCAUCAAUGCCGAUUCGGACGAUCCCAAGUACAUUAUUAACGUGAAGCAAUUCGCCAAGUUUGUCGUCGAUUUGGCAGAUUCUGUGGCGCCGACUGAUAUCGAGGAGGGCAUGCGUGUUGGUGUCGAUCGCAACAAGUAUCAAAUUCACAUACCGCUCCCGCCGAAGAUCGACCCGACGGUAACGAUGAUGCAGGUCGAGGAGAAGCCGGACGUGACGUACAGCGACGUCGGCGGCUGCAAGGAGCAAAUCGAGAAGCUGCGCGAGGUCGUUGAAACGCCCCUGCUGCAUCCGGAAAAGUUCGUCAACCUCGGCAUCGAACCGCCGAAGGGUGUGCUGCUGUUCGGGCCGCCCGGCACCGGCAAAACGCUGUGCGCCCGUGCCGUGGCCAACCGGACCGAUGCGUGCUUCAUCCGCGUGAUCGGUUCGGAGCUGGUGCAGAAGUACGUCGGCGAGGGUGCGCGUAUGGUGCGCGAGCUGUUCGAAAUGGCGCGCUCGAAAAAGGCUUGCUUGAUAUUCUUCGACGAGAUCGAUGCGAUCGGAGGGGCCCGUUUCGACGAUGGUGCGGGAGGGGACAAUGAGGUGCAGCGAACGAUGCUGGAGCUGAUCAACCAGCUGGAUGGGUUCGAUCCGCGCGGUAACAUUAAGGUGCUGAUGGCGACGAAUCGACCCGAUACGCUUGACCCGGCGCUGAUGCGUCCCGGGCGGUUGGAUCGUAAGGUGGAGUUCGGGCUGCCGGACCUGGAGGGCCGCACGCACAUAUUCAAGAUUCACGCCCGCUCGAUGUCGGUCGAGCGGGACAUUCGGUUCGAGCUGCUGGCCCGCCUGUGCCCGAACUCGACCGGCGCGGAGAUCCGGUCGGUGUGCACGGAGGCGGGCAUGUUUGCGAUCCGCGCGCGGCGCAAGGUGGCGACGGAGAAGGACUUCCUCGAGGCGGUCAACAAGGUGAUCAAGAGCUACGCCAAGUUCAGCGCCACGCCGAGGUAUAUGACUUACAAUUAGAGAAGGACAGCGGGCAUUCGUACCGCCGCUCCUUCGAGUAUCCAGCGUUUUGUGUAUCACUUUCGUAUCAUUUCAAAAUAAAAAAAAAACAGUUCUCUUCUGGGAUACGGUUGCUUUCAUGCAGGUAGCCGAUCACGUAAAAA